GUGAGGGAGACCGGAACCGGGAUCACCGGGAUCACCGGGAUCACCGGGAUCACCGGGAUCGGGACCGGGGAGGGGCAGCGCGGCCCCAUCCCGACGCUCCCCUCGCUCCCGGCAGCGGGAUGGGGAUGGGUCCGGCCGGGCCCCGGCGCCCCCCGGCGCCCCCCGGCCGCUGCCGGGAGUGAGGGUCCCGCCGCCCCCCGGUCCAUCCAGCGCAGCCAUGGCCUGCGGCUGUCACACCCUCCUGGCCGUGGCCAGGGUCAGUUUCAGGGGCUCCCAUCUCCUCACGCCCUCCAGCCCUUCGUUCUCUCCAGCCCUCGCCCUCGUCCAGCUGGUGGAUUCCCAGGUAUCCUGGACUUCCAGAGACUCCCAAGCCCCUCCCUGGGCGCUCCGCGCCCGGCUGGGCGCUGCCCUGCCCCGCUCACCUGCCCACACCCUGCACACCUGCCCCUGCCCACGGCGGCAGCAGCAGCUCCGAGGGGAACCUCCGGCCCCCGGGAAUCCCGCGAGCCAGGGGAGCAAACCCGCCCGAACGCCGGCAAAACAGCUCGUGGAGGCUGCCCCGGGGAAGAAGCCUCUGCGCCAGAGGGUCGUGGAUGAGCUGAAGCACUACUACAAUGGGUUCCACCUGCUCUGGAUCGACACCAAGGUGGCUGCCAGGAUGGUGUGGAGGCUGCUCCACGGGCAGGUGCUCACCAGGAGGGAGAGGCGGAGGCUGCUGAGAACCUGUGCAGAUCUCUUCCGGCUGGUUCCCUUCCUGGUGUUUGUCAUUGUGCCCUUCAUGGAAUUUCUGUUACCUGUGUUCUUGAAGCUCUUCCCUGAAAUGCUGCCCUCGACAUUUGAGACGGAGUCAAAAAAGGAAGAAAAGCAGAGGAAGAAGCUAAAUGCAAAGCUGGAGUUAGCAAAGUUCCUGCGGGAGACCAUUGCAGAGAUGGCCAAAAGGAACAAAGCAGACACAGGACAAGGGAAGCAGUUCUCCUCGUACCUGCACGAGAUCCGUCACAGCGGCCACCAGCCCAGCACGCAGGAGAUCGUCCGCUUCUCCAAGCUCUUCGAGGAUGAGCUGACCCUGGAGCACCUGGAGAGGCCACAGCUGGUGGCUCUGUGCAAACUGCUGGAGCUGCAGCCCAUCGGCACCAACAACCUGCUCCGCUUCCAGCUGCUGCUCCGGCUCAGGACCAUCAAGGCAGACGAUGAGAUGAUCGCCAAGGAAGGGGUCGGCGGGCUGAGCGUGCUGGAGCUGCAGAGCGCCUGCAGGGCCCGCGGGAUGCGCUCCCUGGGCGUCUCCGAGGAGCAGCUGAGGGAGCAGCUCGGCCAGUGGCUGGAUCUGCAUUUAAAGGAGAACGUUCCCCCUUCUCUGCUCCUGCUUUCCCGUGCCUUGUACUUAGUAGACAUAAAGCCACAAUGUGUUUCCCAGAACAAGACAGGUGAAGCUGCUGGAGUGGUGACAUCCGUGCUUGAAGGUCAGGAGACCCUCCUGGAUCCUGCCCCUGUUGUACAGGGAAGGAAGGGUGAAGAAUUUGUGUCUCAGCCAGCAGAGAAAUUGCCAGUCUCAGAAGCGUCAGUGAAGCCUCCCCCACAGGAGACCAAGAUGGAAGCGUCCCAGGGCAGCAAGGCCGGUGCCAACGGAGCCUAACCCAGAGCCAGCACUGGGAGGGAACAGCUUCCAUCUCCACACCUCCUGCAGAGGGAACAGGGAUUUCCCAGGAGGCUGCUCUACACAACAAGGCGUCAGUACCCUCAGGGGCCUCUCUGUCUGUCCCAAGCUUAUUAGCAACUAGGCCAGUGCUGUCUGGAUGGCCCCAGCUUCUCUUUUGUACUGGAUCCCUCCCCCUGGCACUUUUAACUUAUGGUGUUAAUAUGUUAAUAACGGUGCUGCUGUCUGUGCUGUUCCUGAGCAGGUGUUUGUGCUCCCAACCUUAGCAAAGGCGGCUUUUCAUGUCAGAACAGCCUGGGCACAGAACAAGCUGGGCUGGGGGUCCAGCAAAGCCUGUUCUGCGGUGUGAAAUCCUCUGCAGGAACAUCCCCACACACACAGGGCCAGCAGCUUGUCCUGAGCAUCACAGCUCAGGCUCUUGGUCCUGGUUAGGGUGGUCUAACCAGAGACCAGCACAGAAUACAAUGUGUGCCCGUUGUAUUUCCCCAUCACAUUUGUACCGAGGAAGAUAACUACAGGAAAGGAGGGAGCAGCACUCCUCGGUGCUGUGGUGGAGCUGAACUGCUCAGAACGACUUCAGACCUUGCUGGACAGGAGCAGAGCAGUGACAGGAACAGCCUCCACCCGUGAGCAUUUGCAUUCCCCAGUGAGAGCAGUGCUGGUGCCACACACUGUGACAAAAGCAGACUUGCACUUCCAGGAUCCCUCUGGGUCAUGUGAGGGAGCAACCCAGGACCUGCACACGUCCCAAGCCUGAAGGCUUGGUUAACCCUUACCAGGCUCAGAACUACACACUAAGUGCUGUCAGACUCAUACUUUCCAAACCGGCUCCUCACGCACUCCAGCAAGGACUGAGUUUUUGCCAGACUCUCAGAGGAUACUGAAAAGCUGUUUUUAGCAUUUGUUAGAUUUUUUUACUGUCCUAUGUAAAUGCUCGGAAAUUACUCACAUGGAUUUUAAAUAUGAAUAUUUAUACUUACUGUAAAAUUAGAUUUGGUGCUAAGUAGAAUGAAAUGUCUCUUCCAGAGGUCAGACAGCCUUUAGAACAACCCAGCUCUGAAAAGCCAGUUCUCCAAGGCCAGGUGUGAACAGCACUUUAAACCUGUGACCUCAGGCUCCUCCAGUAACGCAGAACCAGCUGUCAGGUGUUCUGUGUCCUUAGCUCUGUACCUGCAACCCCUCCUUGUUCAUCCAGCCCGUCCGUGGCACUGGAUCUGUGUUUAAUAAAUGGGAACAAUUGUUAUUUCAAUAAAAUAACCCCCUUGCUGUGGA